UCCCUCUGACGUCAUGACAGCAGCAUCAGCUGUUAGCUCUGCUUUAAGCCUUUUCGCUGCCGAUCGCUGCCUGCACAAAGGAAAUAUAUGAGAUCCCCUCUAAUCCCUGAAAUGGCGACACAGGAGGUACAGCUGAACGAGACUCUCUCCCACCUCAAAACGGAGUCGGAGACGCUGAAGACGAAGCUGGAGGAGGAAAGAGCGAAGCUGCACGAUGUCGAGCUACAUCAGGUGGCCGAGAAGGUGGAGGGGCUGGGUCAGUUUGUCAUGAAGACCCGAAGAACUCUGAAGGGACAUGGCAACAAAGUUCUGUGUAUGGACUGGUGUAAGGACAAGAGGAGGAUCGUCAGCUCCUCACAGGAUGGAAAAGUGAUUGUAUGGGAUGCUUUCACCACCAACAAGGAGCACGCUGUGACAAUGCCGUGCACCUGGGUGAUGGCCUGCGCCUACGCCCCCUCCGGCUGUGCUGUGGCUUGUGGGGGCCUGGAUAAUAAAUGCUCAGUGUAUCCUCUGUCUCUGGACAAGAAUGAGAACUUGGCUGCCAAGAAGAAAUCAGUGGCCAUGCACACAAACUACCUGUCUGCCUGCAGCUUCACCAACUCGGAUAUGCAGAUCCUGACGUCCAGCGGGGAUGGGACGUGUGCAUUAUGGGAUGUGGAGAGUGGGCAGCUGUUGCAGAGUUUCCAUGGACACGCUGCAGACGUGCUCUGUCUGGACCUGGCCCCCUCUGAGACUGGAAACACAUUUGUUUCAGGGGGCUGUGAUAAGAAGGCCAAUGUGUGGGACAUGCGUUCAGGACAGUGUAUUCAGUCCUUUGAAACUCAUGAAUCAGACAUAAAUAGUGUGCGAUACUAUCCCAGUGGAGAUGCAUUUGCAUCUGGCUCAGAUGAUGCAACAUGCCGCCUGUAUGACCUGAGGGCAGACAGAGAAGUGGCUAUUUAUUCCAAAGAGAGCAUCAUAUUCGGGGUCUCCAGUGUUGAUUUCUCUCUCAGUGGACGGCUACUGUUUGGUGGCUACAACGACUACACUAUAAAUGUUUGGGAUGUUCUCAAAGGAACACGGGUCUCUAUUCUGUUUGGACAUGAGAACCGUGUCAGUACGCUGCGUGUUUCCCCAGACGGGACGGCCUUCUGCACGGGUUCCUGGGACCACACUCUUCGGAUCUGGGCUUAAGGAUGAAGACGCAGAGGACUGAAUGGUAGACAGACCUACUGAAGGCACAACAACCUUUCUGUUUGCUAGAGUACAAUCACAGAGAUAGAGACUCCGUUUUGGUUGUACAUAGGGCAUAUCAAUAGCAUUGUAUAUACUCCAGUCUCAUGGCCACGGUAGAUUUACAUAUUUCAGAGAACAGUUAAACCAAAUGGCACGCUUGUAUUACAGUAUGAUUGAGAGAAAAUUGCACAGAAGUACUCAUGGUUACUACAACUUAAGAUGUAAAAUGUAUAUUGCAGAAAAUAACGUUGGUAGUGACUAGCAUCAGUCUAGGAUAGAAAUGACACAAUAAAGUGAUGUAUUGUAUGUGCCCA